UAUUCUGAUAUCAGUUGCAUUUAGCUCUGCUUAGGUUUAUUCUGAUCUUUAUUUUAAGAAUUUUGAAUCCUGAUAAGAUAAUGUAAGCUUAGGUUUCUCAAGUGCUUUAAUACUUUUUCUCUAUCAGUUUUUUUUAACGAUUUUCUUAUGUGUUUCUUCACGAUUUCCUCAGUUUUUUUAGAACUAAAAUGAUUUUGCUUUAAUAUAAUGACUAACAUAUUAACACUUUUACUGUUUUCCACUUGCUUUAUUUGCAGUGUUUGCUCAUUUAGCUCAGAAUUAAGCAACGAAAAGGAUGCAUGUGCCAAAAUAUGCCAAAAUGGUGCAAAAUGUACUAAAAUUGGAAAAUAUGAAUUUUGUAAAUGCUUACCUGGAACUUUUAGUGACGAUUGUGGAAUAGUACCCGAUUGUAUUGAUGAAGUCAUAAAGUGCAAUGAAAAAUCUGACUCAGUUUGCGGCUAUAAUGUACGAUUAGAAGUUGCUGAAUGUAUCUGUAAUAAUUCAAAUUUAGCGUACGAUCUGAAAACAGAAACUUGUAAGGUCACUUGUAAUGAAACAGAACCAUGCAAAAAUGGAGGCACUUGCAAAACUGUAGGAAACUAUCACUUUUGUGACUGUAUAGAAGGUACUUUUGGAGACACGUGUGAAAGUGUGAAUUCCUGCGUUGAAGAAACAUUGAUAUGCAAUUCAGAAAGCGGUGCUGUUUGUGGAUUUAACCUAUUGGAUAAAAGAGCAGAGUGCUUGUGUAGCAAUGGAUUAAAAUAUGAUUCCAAUAUCGAUUUAUGCAGAAGUACGGCAUACUUUUGA